CCUGCAGCACGGACACAGUUGUUACUGACGGAACACAAUGGUGACGGCUUCUAAAGUUUUACACUCACCUUUAGCUCUUGUCACAGAUGGCCGGUUCAACUUUUCACUUCCUGCCAUUUUCCUAAUGUCGAUGGGAUCAUAUAUAUAUAUAUCGCCGUAUCGACAUCAUAUAGCGACGCAGAGUUAAUUCUUUUCUUCCAGGACGUCUGUCCUGUAACUGUUCGAGCCCUCCGCCGCACCGUCCCGCAGUGGCUCACAGAGCGCCUCUUUAAUAUUUCAAAGCCGAGUCAGUGAAGGUUAACAUGGGGGCAAAGCAGAGCAGCCCGACUGCUAACCCAGCUACUAACGGACGGACUAGAGCCUACUCCGGCUCGGACCUGCCCUCCAGCACGUCCAGCAGCAACGGCAGUAACGUUAGCAGGACUGCCGCCGCGGCUGUGAGGUACCAUGCGUACAGUGCGUCCGGAGCCUCUGGAGCCACGUCCAGCACCAGCCAGCAUCUUGGUGCCAGGGCCAGGUCUGUGGGGGGCUCCGGGGGCUCCGGGACCAGACCUCAGUCCGGCAUCAACAUUCCGAACAGCAGCGGAGCCUACAGCUCCCAGGAGUCCGGCGGCAGCAGCCCGGAGGAGGCGGCGGACAGGGAGCGCUCAGGCGGCGGGCACGAAGGUCCCCGGCUGCUGAUAGGAUCACUACCAGCGCACCUCUCGCCUCAUCUGUUCGGAGGCUUCAAGUGCCCUGUGUGCUCCAAGUUUGUGUCCUCCGAUGAGAUGGAUCUUCACCUGGUCCUGUGCUUAACCAAACCCAGAGUGACAUAUAACGAGGAUGUCCUGACCAAGGAUGCAGGAGAAUGUGCAAUCUGCCUGGAGGAGCUGGUGCAGGGAGACACCAUCGCUCGCCUGCCCUGCCUCUGCAUCUACCAUAAAGGCUGCAUCGAUGAGUGGUUUGAAGUGAACAGAUCAUGUCCAGAGCAUCCAUCAGACUGAAGCUUUUUUUGCACAGGUACUCUACAAUGAGAGUGAUCUACAAAAUGAAGUGUGGAUCCAGGGAAACUGCUGGACACUGUGACCACUGUGAUCAGUUCAACCCCCCCCCACCCCCACCCAAUAAUGUAGUACCACGGUGUGCCAAAUCUCAUUCGAGCAAUCUUCAGGGAUACAGACUUUUGUGUUUAUGUUUGAGUUGCACAUCCUCGCUCAGUCUCAGACUGGAUGGACUGAUCUCCACCUCGCCUCCCCAGCCCUGACACUCAAAGCCACACAGGACAUCAUGACAGGCAGGGCUCUUCUUCCUGAGUGGCCGUUGGACAGCAGAUGUCAGCUGACUGUACACCAGGACACUGGAGGAGGUGGACAUGGUCCUGGAGGUGGGGGCGGGGCGAUGUGUAUAUUAUCCCUCCAUCUCUUUCUCUGUCCCUCCCCUCCUCCUCCUUCAGCAUCAGCAUCUAUCAGUGCCUUGUUGUUGUGAUGCCCAGCCACAGCAGGGCGGGACAGAGGAGUCCAGACUGUCGGCAGAGCCAGCUGGACCGACUGGACUGACCUGCAGGACCAUCUCACCACAACUGCCACUCUACCAGUCCAGGAGAAACAAGCCAGAGACAGCAGCCGAAAUACUUGUCUGCAUUAGCAGCUCGGACAUUUUCAGAACUGAAGCUGCAGCAAAAAUGGUGCCAAUCAACUGUGAAUAUUGUCAUACACACACACACACACACACACUCAGUCAUCAGUGCUUUUUAAUCAUAUACCAUGGAGUAGAGGUCCUCUGGUAUAAAAACCUGUCCUCAAUCCUGAAAAGGACUUACCAGCUUAAACCUACAGUAGAGUAUUGCUGCCACCAUGGCAACAUUAUAACGAGAACAUUUUCUUGUUUUAACUAGAUCCUUUUCACUUUAUAACAAGAUAUUUUUCAUGUGACAAUGACAUAUAACAAUGUAUGGAAGUUUCUCCUUAUAACAACUUAUCAUGUUCUAAGGAGAAACUUUGAUUUUGUGUAAUAACGAAAGUUUUGCGAUAUAACAAGAUAAAGUGACAUGUUGUUAUAACAAGAAAAGUUUGUAUAAGUUUGUGUGUCGUAAUAAGAAAAAUAUAUCAUAACAUGAAAAAUAUAAUUUUAUAACAUGAAUAGGUUCUCAUAACAAGAAACGUUUUCACAUCAACGAGAAAGUGACAAAAACUUAUUUUGCUCCAAUUUGCUAUGUCUGUUUUGUUCAGCUGUUUUGUGUUACUUCAUGGAAAAAUUAGCUUCUGUUGUUCGUCAAAGGCAGAUACAGUUUGAAUAGGCUGUGUAUUAAUUAUAGAAUUUGAUCAUACUUCAGUUGCUACAUAUAAGAUGGCACUGAUUCCCGCUCAGAGUUUGUUUGGAAGUUCACAUUUGCUGUAUCUGCACAAACAUUUGAGCUGAUCCUUUCCUCAGUCUGCAGGUUCAGUGAUUGUCACUGUCCAAACUCGUACACAGGUACAGUAAGCAGUGUCAGGUGCACAGAAUUGGAACAAAUCCAGCACUGUAAUAGAAAUGGAACACGUAGAGCAGAUUACCGAAACCGUGUGGUUCCACAUUGAAUUAGGGAUCAUUACAAAAGGGGUAAUAUAAAUAAAAAAAGAAUAAAAGGUAGAAAUAAAAAAGCAAACCUAAAGAUAUUGAUUUGGCGCAUUUUCUGCGCAGCAAACACGAUUCUCUUUUAAAUCCAAAUUUCUAAUUUAAAUAAUUUGUUUUAUUCUUUGUUUUUCCAGAAUCCCUAAUUUACAUUUUCCCUGCGCUGUUUUUCUAUGAGUGGGGCCCCGUUUUGUUUACCUUGUGCACGCACACGAGGACGCACAGUCCUGCCAAUGGUUUCGCACUAUUCCUCUGACGUACAGGUGGCUGUAACACACCAAGAUAUGCUGCAAUGCGCCAACAAAGGCAGAAGAAGAGAGCGAGCCAGUAAACAUGUAUGAAUGUAAACAAUGCUGGCUUUGCAAACGUUUCAUGAGAAGGGAAAUUAUUCAAUGCAUUUCUUAGAGCUCAAGGAUACACACACACACGUUUGGUGAGUAAGACUGAAUGUAAACAUAACGUUUGUUUCUUUACACAGGGCAGCUUGAAUGUAAUCACACUCGGUCUCCUGGUCAUCUGCUCUGCACGCUCCAUUUCCAUGACUGUUUGAUUUGUUCGAAUUCUGUGCACCUGACACUGCCUACUGUACCUGUUCAAAAGAGUUUACUUGUUACUUUUGUGCAUUACAAAAUAAUAAAGAUAAAGCCAAUGUGAACUUCAAACUACAUUUUUUUUUUUUUUUUUUAAGGAUUAUUCAUUCCUUUAUUGACAGCAGAGAGAUGACAGGAAGCAAGAGGGGAGAGCCAUGUGACAUGACAUGCAAGACGACCUCCAUCACCGUAACCCCUCAGCCACCAGGGCACCCCACAAGACUAUUAGUGUACUGCCGCUAAACCAGCCAGUUGACCGUCAAUUGGAAUUGCAGAUUUUGCGCAGUGAUCCUUUACUAUAACAGUAGAAACAAGCAACUUUUGGUCCCCAAGUGACCAUUUGUUCUACUAAAACAGGUUAUGGGAGAAUCAUCUGUGGCUGUCGUCAUGCUGGAAGUCAUUAACUUGCAGACUGGUCUCGGGUCCUGGCAGCUUCAAUCAAAACUACAGACCCAGCGCCAAAUAAAGUUGGCCAAGACAUAGGACUGAGGGACACUGGGAUGACUGGACCUGACACACUGAUCCAGUGUGUUUCUUGGGUUUUCCAGGGGUUCAGGUUUGCCUGAAGACCUCUACCAUGGAGGAGCUAGUGUGCAGGCUUUUAAUCCAGUGAAGAACUAUCACAGUUGAUUUCACUGACACUCAUAAUCAACUAGAGAAUGAACUCACCAGUGGAAUCAGAGUGCGGAUCCCAAAGCUCCAGUGGAACGUGUCAUCCUUUUCCUCCACAACCUCCUUUUUUCACCCUGAAGACUAUUUUCCUACUGGAAAAACAAAUAAGCUGCUUCACUAUUUCCUUAAUAGCAACUUUAAAAGCAAUCUUGUGUAAUCCCGGCUUCAUGUGGAGGAUCUUACUGAGGGCAUGUUGCCAGCUGACAUGGCGUCUAGGUUUAUGUGGUCCGAAGACGUUGGCCUGCACAAUGUUGGACAGUCAGGCUUUAAAGGAGCACUCCACCGAUUUUACACAUCAUUUUACUAGCACUGUGAGAACAGUUGUAUAAUGUCUAAUGUGGCGCUGGAAGAGCUUUGUGAAGUCUGAGAAAAAUGACUCAAGUGACAUCAUUUGAGUAAUCUGGACUUGAACACAAAGCCUGUUUUUACAAACUGGGGGCGUAAUUAGUUUCCGCCUUGUGCAGAGCAUUCACGUCAACAUCCAAGCUGUAAUUAGGACUGGGAAACUCAGAUUUUUCAGAAAGCUCCAAUAUAUCCGACCUGACACUAAAUCAUAUGAAAGUGCCUGAAUAAGCAAACAAAUGGAUGCCUCACAUCAGCCCCCGUCUGGUGCUCAAACUAAUUAAAUCCAUACUUUAUGGAUACAGCGCUGUAUUGGCCAAGCAGAGUACUUUGAACCGUCACACAACCAACCUUUGAGUUGUCAGAUAACGUGACUGCUCGCAUGAUGUAAACAUAAGAAUCGUUCCCACCUCCGUCCUACAUAACGUGAACGUGGCAUAAUGAAAGAUCCUGUCAAAUUGUAUUAGGGACUGUAGGAAAAUUAUUUCGGGUGAGGAGGGGGGCUGAAUCUUAGAUUUGAUUUGAACAAAACUCAAGGCCCUCCCCAGUGUUAAUAAUAUUUUCUUUGAGCCCUCCCCUUGACUUAGAAAAAAACCUGCAGUACCCUUCCCCCCAAUAUCUCAAAACAAUAUACUUAUGGCAAACAGCCACUCUCUAACUUCAAAUAAAGAACUGCUAAAUGAACAGUUAUUACAGUUAUCUAAUGAGCGAAACAGGAACAGGUCUGUAGCUGCUGAUGGCACCGCAAUAUUUUCACUCCACUUCAAAAUAAAUCAAUAAUAAUCAAAUAAUCUAAAUAAAUAUGAAUUAGUUCUUAGAUCGUUUUGAUGCAAUCAUUUUUUUAUCAAUAAAAUAAAUAAAUAAAGGGAAUAUGGAAAAAAAUAUAAAUGAACUGGAGUAUCCCCUUUAAAGGACCUCCAUCCUAAAGUUCUUUUUUCCAGUUGUGUCAUUCUCUGGGUGGGAUAACGGUGAGGGAUCCCUUUCUGGGUCACUGGAGGGAAAAUGGAGUGAACUUUGGAGUUUUGGGAUCCACCCUGACACACUCACGAUUACUGCUUCAUCAUACUGUGUAUGUAAAGCUGACAGCCACACAGAGAUUAGCUGAGCCGUGUAAUACACUGUCUCACCACACCGUGGUGCUAUAGAGUCACGUUCUCAGUAGCAAUAGUCAGAUUGAUGGACAUCUCACCGGGCUCAUAUUGUACCUUCAUCUCUCGCUUUAAUCUGACUUCUGCAAGUAAUUAUUAUUUAUCAUCAUUUUUAUGACUGAUCAUACAAAUGGUUUCUGAGAGCAGGUCUGUGAAUUUCAGAGGAAAAGCGCAACAGAUCUGGCCUUAACAGAUAUGAUGAUGACAUUCAAUUUCCUGUCCUCGUGGUUUUUGAUAGUUUUAUCGUUGUUUUAUUGGAUGGAGUUGCUCAGUUGUCGUGGAGAUGGUUUAGUUGUUAUCAUGAGACUCGAGUAUGAAAUUUUGGUCACUUGAUUUUUCUCCGGCCAUCCACUGACUCCUCAACCCACCGAUCGAGGCCACAAGAUGUGGCUGAUGAAGGAAGUGUACCAUGUGAUGACAACUUUUCCCAUCGGUUUGUAGGGGUAGAAACAAAAAGGUAGACAUUUCAUUGGUUUAACACAACUUCAUAUCCCAUCCAUACAGAGAGCAUUUACAAUAUAUUGUCAGGAUGUCAUGAUGACGUAGUGCUGAAUAUCCCAUGAAAGUGGACAGAUUUCACCUCUUAGCCCCUCUGUUCUUGUACCUGGCUCUCCAUGUUGGGUGAAAACGUCCACUAGACAGCAGCAGAGUCUUCUGCUCUACACUGUGUGUUUGCAACCACCAUCACAUCCAGGCGCGGCUUCCCCUAUUUGCACAUGCAGUGAGAAAUCCCCUGCAUACGGUGUUGUAGGUGUUUGAGCAGCAGCACAGCGAUUUCAAAGAAACCCAGUGGUGUAGUGGCUCAAGUUUGGGAGGGACUGGGAGAAAUGUGUGUCUAGUCUUUGAAUUGUACUGGGAGUGUGUGAGGCACUGAGGAUACAGUCCUGAAAUAAGCCUUAUAUGAGCUACUUCAGAAUCAGUCACACACUUUUUUAGCAUUUUCAUAAUUUAUUUGUUACCAGUUCUGAGCCCCAACAAGUAUUAUCUAAUGAAAUGUAACAGAAUGUGUGCUGUUCAGUAUGGAACUGACAAAGACAGAAAAUCAUAAACACAAUAUAUCUUUUCUGUAAAACUGUGUAUGUAAAAAAAAAAAACACCUUUGAAUACCA